AUGGCGUCCGCGGGGACGAUAUGGGCUCCAGUGGCCCUGCGUCUCCUCCGAGCCGCCGUGUCUCGGACCACAGCGGUGGUUCGAGAGAAGCUGGCCAGCGCGGCGAAGCCCCUACAGAAUCAGGCACUUCAACCAGUCCCGGUAGCCGCCAGAAGCGGUAGAUCCAUCCACCCAACAUCAGUCCUUAAACAAGGAAAACUCGGCGCCAGAUACUUUUCCGGCACCUCAGCCAAAGGUGCAAGCAAGGCUGCCCGACGAUACCUCAGCUCUGAGAGUGCUCCUCGAUAUGAUCGAUCCAAGCUCCCGAGCUCCAAUACCUCCCGCCGAGUCGCUCAAUUCUCCGGCCGUGCCCCAUUUGCGAGCACUCUGCGGCCCAACCUGACCGGUGGUGCCAUGCCACGAACGGCUGGUGGCUAUAGUCUCGGUGGAAGUGCUCGCUAUUUCUCACAUACCCCCACAGCUCCUGCUCAGGUUGUGCAGAAUGUUUCGCAGGCGAUGCGAGCCUUCUUCCUUUCCGGACAGAGAAUCCGAUAUGAUGGAGCAGGACCGCGAGGCGAAGCUCAAUACCGAGCCGUCUCUAUGGUUGAGGAGGAGGCUAUGCGUAAGCUGGCUGCCAUCCCCAAGUUUGCUCCCGGCGCCUAUGUCGACUUUCAGCUGAGCCCAACCAUCACUGCCAUGAGCCCUCUUGCUGCCGCCGUUGUCCAGGCAUCUGCCACCUCCGGCUUCCAGGCUGAGGCUGCUAUCCCAAGCCUCAACACCGAGGGAUUCCUUGACGUCCUAUCCGCGGAUUUUGGCCGAGCCCUGAAAGACUUGACAGCCAUUUAUGCCGAUCUCGGGCGGCUUGCAGCUUUGGGCGAUUUGCCAAUAUGUAUGGAGGCGGGCAACUUGCUGCGAGUUCGAUUCCCAGGGGUUGACGUUGAAACAGUCGAAAGACUCUGCGAUGACAUUGGUAUCCAGAGAGGCAUUGUCGGUCAAGAAACUGGGUUUGAAAGCUCUUAUGACGUCAAAACUGCGCUCAGGUUUCCUUUUGCACCCGACAUUGAGAAAGCGUUGACAUCUCCUGGAGGAUCAGAGCGAUCCUUGGAAGGAUACGAACUGGAUGAUAUAUCCUCUUUGGGCGAUGAGUCUUUUGUUCAAGAAGCGUUUGUGUAUGAGCGCUCAGAAAGCCCCUGGUCUUCGGAAACAGACGGAUAUGAAAGUAUGUCGCCCACGAAUAAGUCGGUUCAGCAAUCUGAAGAGUAUGAGGGCCUAGAAGGCAUCUAUAAAUUUCUCGAAGAAUGCGACAAGGCCAAGGGCAGACUGGGUUGA